AUGGCUACCGAUUUGUUCUGUUGCGAAAGACUUCAACCGGAUUUAAGAAAAACCGAAAAGGAUCCGGUUAUAUUCAGCGAUUUUCGCGUUAUAAAUAAUUUAUUGAACUUGGAAAAACAAUAUAUACCAUCAUGUGAUUAUUUUUCAAAUGUUCAAACGGAUAUAAAACCAUUUAUGAGAAAAAUUGUAUCAACGUGGAUGCUGGAGGUAUGCGAGGAACUAGGCGUCGAAAAACAAGUAUUUCCCUUAGCUGUAAAUUAUUUAGAUCGAUUUUUAUGUAAUUUUUGCAUAAAUAAAAAACAUUUGCAAUUGGCCGCAUCCGUGUGCAUAAUGGUAGCAUCGAAAAUUAGACAGUGUCAAUACGUUAGCAUGGAAACUUUGUGCUUUUACGCGGAUCACAGCAUAACGCCGCAGGAAAUGAAGGAUUGGGAACUUUUAAUACUUUCGAAACUUCAAUGGAACGUAGCUGCCGUGACUGGUUUCGAUUACAUCGAUCACAUCAUCGACAGAGUUUCUUGGGGAACGGAAAAUCCGUUAAUAAGAAGGCACGCAUCCACCCUAGUCGGCAUUUGUUAUACAGGAAAAUUACGUGUCGGAGUUUUCAUUGUUUUUAUUACUCGUCACUAA